AUGAGUGAUGUGAAACAAGAAAUAAGUGAUGCUGAACAAGAAUUAAGCAAUGAGCAAGAAAUGAGUGAUGUGAAACAAGAAAUAAGUAAUGUGGAGCAAGAAAUGAAUGAUGUGAAACAAGAAUUAAGUGAUAAUGGGCAAAAAUUAAACAAUCAAAUACUGAGCUAUACUGAAGGUUUAGAUCUAGAAUUAUAUUCUAAUUAUGAAUUAGAUUUUCAGAAAGAUAGUAGUAUAAAUACAUCUGAUGAUGAACUGUUAACAGAUUCUAAUUCGGUGUCAAACAAUAAUACUGCAAUCCAAUUACCUCCAGGUUUUUCAGAAGCUUUAAGACUGCUGGAAAUCAAAGCUCAUUCUAAUAUGACGAAUGAUAUGUAUAGCGAAAUUAUGGAUGCUUUUAGUAUGCAAAAUGUAUCUUUAUAUCGUGCCACUAAGAAAUUAUCAAAUGGAAUCAAAUGCUAUGAUGGUUAUACAAACCAAGAUUUUAUAUUGCAUUGUUCGGUCGUAUCUUGGUCAGGAGACAUGCCAGCUCUUGCGAAAUUGAUGUGCACAACAGGCACAAUUCUUACCAAGGUUGUAGGUCAAUAUUGUAAUAUAUGUGGAAUAUGGAAAAAUCAUGUAUACUUUCCUACAAGGCCUCCUAACAAUAAACGAAAAUCAAUUUAUGACCCAAAUAACCUUUCUAAAAGAACACAUCAUGACUAUCUAAAAAAGAUACAAAGGUGGAAAGCAGCUGAGAAAAAUAGAAAUAGAAAAAAGACAGAAAUUACUACAGAAUUUUAUGGACGUGUAGAAUAUUACUUUGUUCACCAAUUCAAUGGCAAUGCUCAUAUGAUGGCAUUUAUACAGUGGACUCAAAAGUUUAAUGAAGAUGAAUAUGGACUUAAAUCUUUUAGAGAAUUUGGAAUCAAACAAUUUAUUGAUGUACAAGUAAUUGAUCGAUGUGUGGGAUUCUUAAAAUAUAACAAUAUCUUAUUUAUUAUUGACAAGAAAGUAGAUGAUUCCGAUGAUAGUUAUAUAGAAUCAAGCA